UAGCAUUUAGGCAUACAGAUACAGCAGCAAUGUGUUUUGUUCGAGGUUGAUUGGUUUUUGUUUUCACCUCUCAGCGUGAGAACCGGUUUAGAAACAACCUGAAAAAGUGAAAAGGCAAACGCGUUUCGGUUUCGCAUAUUUUUCUCAGAAAGUACUACCUAUCCAUGCAUAGCAAGUGAUAGGAAAGAAGUAGUGUGAAACUAAUCUCACAGGUGCCCGUCUCACAGACCGUAUAAAUAGCAUCAUUAUUCAAGCCUUACGGCACAAGCAGUCAAGAAUAAACGGAUAUCAUAUCAAAUUGUGCCAUUUCACACUCGGACGAGCUCGCUCUCCCUCCACAGAUUUCGAUGCCAAGUUUAGCGAUCUCUGGAGAACAGGUACUUUGAAUUUGAUUGAGUGAAUUUUGGAGUAGUGAUUGGUCGUCAGCUGAGUUGGAUUGAGUGAAUUUUUUGAAGGAUAGUUCAAGAGAAACGGCAAUAAUGGUCAAUCGACGGAGGCAAAACAUGAUUGGUUUGGAGGGAAGUGGAACAGAAUGUAGGCAGUGGUCUGAUCUUCCCCUUGACGUUUUAAACGUAAUUGCUGAAGAACUUGAUCUUGUUGAUCAAAUACACUUUCGUGCUGUUUGUAAGAAUUGGCGACAAAUUCAGAUUGCUCAACCUAAUAAGAGACUUCCAUGGCUAUUGGGGCACAGUUGGGCAUUCGAUGGAAAUGUCUACAGUGUCUGUAGCUUCUACCGCCCUUCUGCCGACCGGCGUUACAUCGCUCGCAACAAAAUCGAGAGAGAAGAGUUUAAUGUUUUACAUGGUGCAGUCAUAUGUGCUUCAAAAUAUGGCUGGCUGCUUUUACAGAAAUCUAGCUUGUCAUUCUUCUACAAUCCUUAUACCAAAAGUAUAAUCAAACUACCUGAUCUUGACCUCAGCUUCAAUCGAACCACAUUCUCCUCAGCUCCAACUUCUCCUGAUUGUUUUUGCUUUGCCAUACAAAGUUCCAAAAACAGUGACAAGAUUUACCUAAGCACAUGUCGUCCUGGUGACUGCCAAUGGAGCACACUCAUGCUAGAUGGUUUUGAAAGGGCAGUUUAUGAUGUGGUUUACAGUAAUGGAACUUUUUAUUGUGUCUUUUCUGGAGGAGAGCUGGGGGCCUUUUGUGUUGCAGACCGUCAUUGGAGCUUGCUAACGAAUAGGGUCUGUGUUGCAGACCAUCAUUCAAGGGCUCAUAUGGUUGAGUCUAAGGGGCAGCUUUUGUUGGUGUGUCCAUCUAAGUUCUUCGAAGUUUUCAAAUUUGAUUGGUUAGCGAAGACUUGGCUGAAGAUAAAGACAUUGGGAUGUCAAGCAUUAUUUCUUGGCUGUACCUCAUUCCCAAUAUCAGCAGAAGGAGAGACUUCAGAUUUUGCAGAGAGGAUUUAUCAUCAUUUUGACAUUCACAGUUACUACUACUCGAUGGAGACUAAGCAGAGUCAUCGAUGUCCAUUUUAUCCAUGGGAUACUAAACGCGGGACUGAAAGAGUUUGGAUUCAACCUCCUGAGAUUUAGGUCCAAAUUGUUAGCCACUGAUAUGUAAGCAGGUUUAGCCAUUUAGCCAUCUUUCCUUGCUCGCAUUAAGAAAUGGAACAUUGUUUGCUCUCUGAUUUUCAAGUUUGAAAAAAAAAAGUGCUUGCUUAGGGCACUUGUCUGAGUUCUAUCACUAUGAACUGUGAAGUAUAACACUGUUUGCUGUUUGAUUUUGAAAUGCACUUGUUUGAGCUCUAUCGCUAAGAAGUUUAGAUGAUUU